CAAUGGUGACGCAGAAAGUUUUCCAUCGCGAUCCUCCCUUGCACUUUCUUCCAAUUCGGCACAUAAACGAGAAAGUUAUGGCAGCGGCCAACAAAGGACAUUUACAUGAAGAAGAGCUGACUGGCGAUGCUCAGAAAGCAGCCCAAAAGUGUCGGGAAUUUCUCCUUCAAGCGCGAUACCGGCAUCAAGGGGACUACGAGAUCUGCAACGACAGUGGUCUGAAGGAAAAUUCGAGGGCUUUCUAUGCAGAGUUUGCACCACUUGUAAAGACACAAAAUAGCGGCGAGAUUCGACUCACAGCUCUACGAUUUACAAAACGGGCAACUUUACCAGUGAAGGCUGGAGCGACUAUAGACCUUAUUCCUGUCAUCAUAUCCCAAAGCCCGACGGUUUCGAACAAGACUUUGAGGUUGGGAUGGUCCUUGCACUUGACCCAAGAUGAGAUUGUGGAACUAGAGUGUUACUGCCUCGCCAUGUCGACUUAAUAGGGUUACGACAUCGGAGUCGCGUUAGUAGUGAUAGUUGGAAAGGAGGGGUUCCACAGAUCAUUAAACGAGGCAUCCAUAGGGAGCGAGGAUAACUAUAGGCUGUCAAAUUCCGGGUACUGGAAAUCCAUCACUUUCAACGUUGUUACUACACGAGUAGGAAAUCGAG